AUGCCGGACGUUUCACAAGACGAGGACGACGAUGAUAAGUCCCCCGGACCGUCUCUAAAUAGCGUCCUGGACAUGACGCGCGGUCUCCCCUUGCCACUGCGCGACAAUGGUGUCGUCGCACACGUGCAUAUGAACCAUCUACGCCAGCGCUUCGCGGCCACCGUCUACAUGACCGACUGGCCCGAGAGUAGACACUGGAACCCCGACGCCGUUGAAUACGGCGAGCUGGCUCCCUUUCAUCGUCCCCUGCCCGGACGCACCACGCGCACCCGCCGCGCCAUGAUACAAAACGCAGGUUUCUUCCAUCGCAAGGCCUGGACGUGGCAGGUUCCAGAGGACAGGAGAGCUGAGUACGACGCUAUCCAGAAGACAAUGUUUGAUCGAGAGUGGGCGGCUGCCUGGGAGGGUUUCUUUGCGGACCACGCUGGUCUGACGAAUAACCUCAUCCAUCAUACCUGGUACGGUACGCUGGCGGCGCAUCGUCGUAAGGUCACGGGGAGUAACGCAAUGACCUGCAAGGGGGACUGUGGGAGCCAGGUGUGCACUCAGUACCUGACGGCUGCUCAGCAGAUGGCCGUGCAUCGACGCACUCGGCGCAUUCCGCCGGAGGUCGUGGACAGGCUGCCUGACUGUCCCAUUGACGUCUGA